AAUUGAUUUAAAAAAAUUGGGUAAAUUGACUUAAUUCAAAUAUGCCUGACAAACGGAAGCAUACAGGCUCAAAGAAGGCAAAAAAGUCCAAAAAGCGGAGAUAUGAGUCGGAUUCCGACUCAGAUUUUGUAGCAGCUGCAACAAAAGAGGAUCCGGAUGCUGACGCCUUCAUUUAUGAAGAUGAUGUGUCGAAAGCAUUGUUGCCAAAGUGCGCUAGCAAAGGGACUAAAGAUGCAGGAGAAGAGGAUGAGUAUGGAGCAAAGGACUAUCGGAAACUUUUGUCGUUAAAACCAGACCACAAGUAUAGAUCCUUGUACAUUGCUCCAAAUGGACACAUUUUUCUUGAAUCAUUCAGCCCUGUCUUCAGACAUGCACAAGAUUUUUUAAUCGCCAUCGCAGAGCCACUUAGUAGACCGAAGCUAAUUCACGAAUACAAACUAACGGCUUAUUCGCUUUAUGCGGCGGUUUCUGUUGGUCUUAAAACCGAAGAUAUUAUAGAGUAUUUACGUCGUUUAUGUAAAACCUCGCUGCCUGAAGAAAUAAUUGAGUUCAUCAAAGCAUGUACUUUAAGCUAUGGCAAAGUCAAACUGGUCUUAAAAUACAAUAAAUAUUAUAUUGAGAGUACUCACUCUGAAGUGAUACAAAAACUACUAAAAGAUUCGGUCAUAGCGGGAACUAGAAUUGAGUCUGAAGAGACCGACAAUAUUUCCGUGCCAGAGAAGUUACAACCCACCAAUACCAUAUCAAAAUUUAAUUCGAAGGUAGAUGAUUUUCAAAACAUGGAAACAGGUAGCAAUGAAGUGCCAGAAGAUAUUUCAAAUUUCUAUGAAAAAAUGGACCAAGAAGACGACGAAGCCAAUGUUGUUUCAUUCGAAAUAGAUCCAAAGCAUCUCGAAGUUUUGCAGAAACGUUGCAUUGAACUCGAUUGCCCCUUACUCGCGGAGUACGAUUUCAAAAAUGAUACGCGAAAUCCAGAUGUUUUAAUGGAUUUGAAAAGCAAUACAACUUUGAGGCCUUACCAAGAAAAAAGCCUGCGUAAAAUGUUUGGAAACGGUCGUGCUCGGUCGGGAAUCAUCGUCCUGCCCUGUGGUGCAGGAAAGACACUUGUGGGAGUUACAGCGGCAUGUACUGUAAGAAAACGCUGUUUGGUUUUGUGUACAAGUAGUGUCAGUGUAGAUCAAUGGAAACAGCAGUUCAAACUGUGGUCUACUGCUGACGAUGCUUCCGUUUGUAGAUUUACUUCCGACUCGAAGGACAAGCCUCAAGGAGCGUCUGUGUGUGUUAGUACUUAUACUAUGAUAGCCUAUCAGGGUAGGAGAUCGUGGGAGGCGGAGCAGAUGAUGAAACACCUGCAGUCGAUGGAAUGGGGGCUGCUGCUCUUAGAUGAGGUGCAUACCAUACCCGCCAAGCAGUUCAGAAGGGUCCUAUCAGUUAUACAGGCGCACUGUAAGUUGGGUCUUACUGCGACACUGGUGCGGGAAGACGACAAAAUUGCAGAUCUUAACUUCCUGAUUGGACCGAAACUGUACGAGGCUAACUGGAUGGAGCUGCAGAACAACGGAUAUAUCGCACGUGUCCAGUGUGCUGAAGUAUGGUGUCCGAUGGCUCCUUCCUUUUAUAGAGAAUAUCUUACUACUCCGACUGCCAAAAAACUUCUUUUCUUUGUUAUGAACCCCAAUAAGUUCCGUUCGUGUCAGUAUCUCAUCAACUACCACGAGAGGAGAGACGACAAAAUAAUUGUGUUUUCUGACAACGUGUUUGCUUUGAAAGCAUACGCAACAAAGCUAAAGAAGCCCUACAUUUAUGGUCCUACAUCACAUCAGGAAAGAGUUCAGAUCCUUCAGAAUUUCCAGUUCAACCCGCAAGUCAAGACUGUAUUCAUAUCAAAAGUAGGAGACACUUCUUUUGAUUUACCAGAAGCAAAUGUUUUGAUCCAGAUAUCAGCUCACGGUGGUUCGAGGCGUCAAGAAGCACAGCGUCUGGGUCGAAUUUUGAGAGCCAAGAAGGGAUCAGUGACUGAAGAGUUCAACGCUUUUUUCUACUCGUUGGUGUCCAAAGAUACCAUGGAGAUGCAAUACUCUCAGAAAAGGCAGCGAUUCCUCAUCAACCAGGGAUAUGCAUACAAGGUGAUAGCGGAGCUGCCAGAUAUGGAGAAGGAGAAUCUGUUCUACACUACUAGGGAGGAACAACAUCAAUUGCUGCAACAGGUGAUCGCUGCUUCCGAUUUGGACGCAGAAGAGGAACAAGUGGUCGACCCCGGAGGACAAAGUGGUGGGACUUCAGCCAAAGGAGGCUCUUCCUCACACACGAAGACUAUCAAGUCCUCAAUGGCCAGUUUGUCAGGAGCGGAUGACAUGUACUACACGGAGUUUAAGAAGCCUAACACUAAAGUACAUCCGCUGUUUAAGAGAUUCAGAUGAGUCUAAACAGACAAUUUAAAGAGCUCAUAUAUGACAGUUAUGAUAUCUGAGUAAUCCAAAGGAUCCACGACUCCUUGAUAAAUGAAAGAAAAGAGCCUUCUGUGGAAAAGUUGCAUCUUAAAAAUGCAGGAGUCAAUGCAAGAGAAAACAUAUUGACUUGAUGCUGUAUUGAUUUUCAUCAAAUUAAUUGAUGAGUUUGAUGCUGUUCAAAUUGAUUUGAAUUAUUUGAUUAUGAAAAAUUAA